GUUUGACAGUCAAGUUUGACAUUUUUCUUUUCGCAUUUUCGUGCUCAAAACGUGUUUUGCGAAAGCUAUUUCAUAUUUUGUUUAUAAAGUUAUCUUAAAACCAGCCUAAUUACUGUAAUAUUUCGUGCAAUUAGCAAAAUCUAUUUCAUAUCUUCGAGUAAAUAACGUCAAACCUUAAAAAUGGUGGUCCUAUCUUCUUCGUUUGCAGCCCCGGCCGAGGGUGUGCUGUAUGAAGCUCCUUCGACAAAAUUGAUCGUUAAUGACCAGGAAUUGGGUACAGCCACUUUGUACAUCACUGAAAAUAAUGUGGUUUGGGGUGGAGGAGUGGGUGCGUCGGGUGGCGCCUCGCCCACUUUAUCUCUGUUGUAUCCCACCAUAUCCCUUCACGCUAUACAGAGGGAACCUACCGCAGCUUUGUACAUGGUGCUGAAUUAUGAACUUAGAUUGCCAGAACUCCAGCAGCAGGGAGGUGGGGACGCACAGAACGAAGAUGAUGAUGAUGAUGACGACUUUGAUGCAGACAACCAUCCCAUCACACAGCUGCGAUUCAUUCCACAAAACGAGGGAGACCUGAGCUCGAUGUAUUCAGCAAUGAGUCAAGGGCAGGCUUUACAUCCCGACCCGGCUGAUGAAGUUGACGAUGAGGACUCCUACAUGGACGGGGAGGAUGAUGACGGUGACGAAGAGUUUGAGGAUGCAGAGGAAACGAACGGCGCGCCCGAUGAAGCCGCUGCUCGUCUCCGGCAACUCCGGCUCGAAAACACCAACGGACCACAUUAUGAAGACUGCGAAGACGCUGAGGCAGGGCAGGAGUGAUUUUUCGUAUUAUUGAUAAGUUUUUGGUAUAACUUAUUCGGCAGAGCAAGUUUCACAACUUCCCAGCAUUUUAUUUAUAAUUUUUAUGAUAGUCUUCUUUCCUACCCUUCAAGGAAAUUUCUAAAUAACUUUUAAAUACGUAUCUAUUUUUAAAUACAUAUGUAAAAAAAAAUUAUUUAGGAAUUUCCUCUUUCUUGUAUUACAUUUAAUUCUGUACUGAAGUUAAAGUAUAGGUUAUAAUUUAUUUUAAGAUUGAUUUAGUACUGGGGCCCUGACACUAUUAUUUUUUUAUUAUCACUAUCCGUAUUAUAAGUGCGAAAGUGUUUGUUUGUGGGUUUGUCCUUCAAUCAUGUAUCAACAGAUUGACGGGUUUUAUGCAUGGGUAUAAUUAAAGGUCUGGAGAGUGACAUAGGCUACUUUUUAUCCCGGUAAAUUAAGUAAGGUACCCACCAUCAAGUCAAGAGUGAAUAGGCAACUUCUAGGCAAGUGCGCUCCAUCUUAGGCUGCAUCAUCACUUGCUAGCAGGUCUGAUUGCAGCCAAGCGCUAGUCUAUAUCAUUUAAAAAAUGUUAGAUGAAGUUUGCGACUUCGUCCACGUGGAUCUAGGUUUUGAAAAUCCUGAGGGAAUUCUUCAGUUUUCCAGAACAAAAAGUAGCCAAAUAUAAGCCUGAGGUACGAAAAAGUGGUCCUUUGAGCCGGAUGUGAACCAAUGACCUAUGGAUUGGUAGGUCACUGGUUCACAUCCGGUUAAAUGGAUGGACCGUUAAAAAUAACUAGUAGACAGACAGAAAUUUUCGCAUUUAUAAUAUUAGAAUGGAUUAAUUUUUUAGUUGCUGUGUCUGGGCUCUUAUACAAAAGUAAGAAUGUGAAUAUUUUUGUUUCCUAUCAUCUCAAAUUACAUAAUAAAUGAUUUUGUAUAAAGCUAAUAAAUGUGUAUGAAAUAUGAUUAUUAAUAAUGGCCGGUUUACAUUAUUCAAGUAGCGUUCAAGUCUAGCAAGCUUCAUGCUAUCCUUUUCCGCAGGUAGCAUUGUGAAAGGGAUAGCAAGGGUUAGUUAGUAUCGGGCUCUCUCUGCUACGUAAUACCAUACAAAUGACAAA